AUGACGAAGAACCAGACAUUUAGAAGACCGUGGUGCUUAAUAAUAUGUUUGAAGCAUUACGCUAGCUUUUUGAAGACUCUUCUAUCCCUGCUCAAGAUUCUCUGUGUCGAAAUCUCUUACGUUGUUAUACCUGGUGGUGUUGAAGCAUUACAAGAAUUCAAUGCCCUACGAGCCACAUAUUUGCAACCGCAAGUUCCAACAUUAGGUCGAAUAUACCAAAUACUGGCUCAAAAAAAAGAUAAUAUGCAAGUACUAACUCGACGAGUUGUAGAAUUGGAGACAACAACCGGUAUAUUCGGGCUAGCAGUACACCCACACCCACGCCCGCACCUAAUAAAAACAUAUAACGAAACGCUACAAGUCCUCUCACGACUUCCCGAGCAUGCCAUCUAUCGACAGGCUGCAGAAGCAUUGACGCAACACCGACUGUCAAUUGUCGAGGCCACCGAGGACAUUAACGAAAUUGAGAAAGGUGUCGGUGCUGGACAGAUUGAAGAGGUGAUUUUACAGGCGGAAGACGAGAAAACGUUGGCUGUUAAGAUGGAAGAAUGGAAACCGUGGGAGUCACUUGAAGAACAACCACCCGCUGAACAAUGGAACUAUGACAUGUUUAAAGAGUAA